AUGAGAAAAUUUGCAUAUUGCAAGGUGGUCCUAGCCACCUCCUUGAUUUGGGUACUCUUGGAUAUGUUCCUGCUGCUUUACUUCAGUGAAUGCAACAAAUGUGAUGAAAAAAAGGAGAGAGGACUUCCUGCUGGGGAUGUUUUAGAGCCAGUACAAAAGCCUCAUGAAGGUCCGGGAGAAAUGGGGAAACCAGUCGUCAUUCCUAAAGAGGAUCAAGAAAAGAUGAAAGAGAUGUUUAAAAUCAAUCAGUUCAACUUAAUGGCAAGCGAGAUGAUUGCACUCAACAGAUCUUUACCUGAUGUUAGGCUAGAAGGGUGUAAAACAAAGGUGUAUCCAGAUAAUCUUCCUACAACAAGUGUGGUGAUUGUUUUCCACAAUGAGGCCUGGAGCACACUUCUGCGAACUGUCCAUAGUGUCAUAAAUCGCUCACCAAGACACAUGCUAGAAGAAAUUGUUCUAGUAGAUGAUGCCAGUGAAAGAGACUUUUUGAAAAGACCUCUGGAGAGUUACGUGAAAAAAUUAAAAGUACCAGUUCAUGUAAUUCGAAUGGAACAACGUUCUGGAUUGAUUAGAGCCAGGUUAAAAGGAGCUGCUGUGUCCAAAGGCCAAGUGAUCACAUUCUUAGAUGCUCACUGUGAGUGCACAGUGGGGUGGCUGGAGCCUCUCUUAGCCAGGAUCAAACAGGACAGGAAAACAGUUGUGUGUCCCAUCAUCGACGUGAUCAGUGAUGAUACUUUUGAGUACAUGGCGGGUUCUGAUAUGACCUAUGGGGGAUUCAAUUGGAAGCUCAAUUUUCGCUGGUACCCUGUUCCCCAGAGAGAAAUGGACAGAAGGAAAGGUGACCGGACUCUUCCUGUCAGAACACCUACCAUGGCUGGAGGCCUGUUUUCAAUAGACAGAGAUUACUUCCAGGAGAUUGGAACAUACGAUGCUGGAAUGGAUAUCUGGGGAGGAGAAAACCUAGAAAUUUCCUUUAGGAUUUGGCAAUGUGGAGGCACCCUGGAGAUCGUUACUUGCUCACAUGUUGGACAUGUGUUUCGGAAAGCGACACCUUACACGUUUCCAGGAGGCACAGGACAGAUUAUCAAUAAAAAUAACAGACGCCUCGCAGAAGUGUGGAUGGAUGAAUUCAAGAAUUUCUUCUAUAUAAUUUCUCCAGGUGUUACGAAGGUAGAUUAUGGAGAUAUAGCAUCAAGACUUGGUCUAAGACACAAACUCCAGUGCAAACCUUUCUCUUGGUACCUAGAGAAUAUUUAUCCUGAUUCGCAGAUUCCACGUCACUAUUUCUCUUUGGGAGAGAUACGCAAUGUGGAAACAAAUCAGUGUCUCGAUAACAUGGCUAGAAAAGAGAAUGAAAAAGUUGGAAUCUUUAACUGUCAUGGUAUGGGAGGUAAUCAGGUUUUCUCUUACACUGCCAACAAAGAAAUUAGGACGGAUGACCUUUGCUUGGAUGUCUCCAAACUCAACGGCCCAGUCACAAUGCUCAAAUGCCACCACCUAAAAGGCAACCAACUUUGGGAGUAUGAUCCCCUGAAACUGACCCUGCAGCAUGUGAACAGCAACCAGUGCCUGGACAAAGCCACGGAGGAGGACAGCCAAGUGCCCAGCAUCAGAGACUGCAGCGGAGCCCGGUCCCAGCAGUGGCUUCUCCGCAACGUCACCCUUCCGGAAAUAUUCUGA